AUGAGACUCAAAGGUAAGUUUUGCAAGAGUGCGGUGAGACCGGCUAUUGUUAGGUCGUAUAGUUCGGUGUGUUGGGCUGUUGAUAGAAAAACAAUACAGAGAAUGGGCGUAGUACAGACGAAAAUACUUUGGGGGAUGAUGAGCGAAGUGACGAUAAAAGAUUGGAUGAGAAUUGAAGUAGCUAAGGUGUGGCUUCGGUAG